AUCCGCCCCAACAACUGCCUUUUUUUUUAUUCCCAGGUUCUAGACCCUUUAUGUUAUAUAUAAUUCCGCCAUAUCAUUCUUUCCAAAAUCCAAAUGUAUUAGUUUUUCAUCACGCCUGGAGACCGCCCCGACGCUUCAGCACCUCCGUCUUCCCUCCCUCGAUCUCUACAUCUCUGAUAUUUGGUUGCAUAUUUGAGAUUUAUAGGCGGCUUCCUUACAGUUCCAGUAGCAAUUUGGUUGAU